AUGUCUGCCACCACCACCGACACCAAUAGCGUUCAGGCUCUUGUCCUUCACGGGCCCAAAGAUCUCAGACUGGAAACACGCAGCCUACCUGCUCCUUGUGCAGGGGAGGUCCAAAUAGCGAUCAAAGCAACUGGUAUUUGCGGAUCAGACUUACACUAUUACAACCACGGGCGCAAUGGCAACUUUGUUCUUCAAUCACCCUUGGUGCUGGGCCAUGAAGCCUCUGGCAUUGUCACAGCCCUCUCCCACUCACGGGACGCUGCCAGCGCGAAUGGACACACUCCCUCGUCGGAUCUACAGGUAGGAGAUAGAGUAGCCCUAGAGGUUGGCUUCCCCUGCCGGACGUGUCUCUUAUGUGCAGCUGGUCGCUACAAUCUAUGUCCCAAGCUAUCCUUCCGAUCAUCAGCAAAGACCUUUCCUCAUCUGGAUGGCACCCUGCAGACCACAAUCUCACAGCCAGAAGACAUGUGCCACAAGCUUCCCGACAACGUCACCUUCGAGCAGGGCGCUUUGAUCGAACCUUUGGCUGUGUCACUCCACGCGCUCAAUCGAAGCCAGACUGCCGGUUCCGCUGCGGGCGUUCCUUUGGUCGGUUCGUCUGCUUUGGUGCUGGGUGCCGGUGCUGUAGGCAUGUUGACUGCUGCGGCUCUAUCGGUUGCCGGGGUUUCAGAAAUUGUCAUUGCCGAUAUUGAUGCGCCCAGACUGAAGAUUGCCGAGGCGCUCGCAGGCGGCAAGCAUAAACUCAAGACGUACUUGCUGCCACGAAAACCGCCAGCCUCUGCCAUCGAAGAGACCUUUGCCGGGGCCCAGGAGCUCGCAGCACAACUGGCCAGAUCGGCAGGCUUACCUACCGGGUUUGACCGGGUCUUCGAAUGCACCGGCGUCCCCUCGUGCGUGCAAAUUGGAAUCUUCGCUGCCACAGCUGGAGGGAAGUUAGUUUUGGUUGGGAUGGGAACGCCAACUCAAACAUUGCCGUUGGGAGCCGCUGCUCUGAGAGAAGUAGACAUCAUUGGCGUCUUCCGAUACGCCAAUUGCUACCCGGCAGCCAUCGCAUUAUUUGCCAGUGGCAAGCUAGACGGCGUAGCAGAUGAUCUUGUCACCCAUCGAGUCGCACUCUCCGAGGGCGAUAAGGCCUUUAGACUAGCUGCAAAUCAAGCGAAGGAGGGAGAAGAUGAAGGGAGAGUGCCUGUCAAGGUGGUUAUAACCUCGUAA